AUGGCUAUGAUAAAGAGUAGGAUUUUGAAAUUCCUGAUCCCCAUCCUUAGCCAAAGCAAAGCGCCAAAGCUGCCUACACCACCAGCACGCGCGCCUAAGAACCGUGGCGCCGGGAAGAGGAGGACCUUGGCUGCCACGCGCUCAAGCCUCUGCCAGGCGGCCAGGCCCUCACCCAUACCUGUGGCCGAGCGUGCUACGCGCAAUCUGAUGCGCGAGCUGGAGUUCAUCAACAGCCAGCAGCAGCAGGCACCAGACGCGGCGGUGGAUGAGUAUGUGGAUCUGUAUGCAGGGAACCUUCCAGAGAUGGCAGUUGAGGCCAUCAAGGCGGCGACUCGUAUGGGCAACAAGAAGCUGACCAAGGUCCUGGAGGCAAUUGUGCAGGAGGCGGAUGCAGUGGAGAUGGAGACUAAGUCAUCGGCUGCUGCCUGUUUCGUAGUCAUUGCAGCAAGAAGGGAGGCGGCGAGACUGAUUGUGCAGCAAGCAAGGCCACACAUUGUGUGUCUGCAGGAAACCAAACUGGAUGCCAUUGAUGGACCUCUGAUGAAACCAGGGGGGAGUACUGACUGCCUGGGACCAAGAUCACAUCAUGGGAGAAGCAGUGAGGAGGGGGGCUUUCUGCCUCUCGAUACAGCAAACAACAAUGAUAAGCAAGCCUUCCUGGCCGAGCUGAUCGGGUGCCAGCCGGGGAGCAGGCCAUGGCUUUGCCUCGGCGAUUUCAACCUCAUCUAUGAGGCCCAGGACAAAAAUAACAACAACAUCAAUAGGGCACAUAUGAGGAGAUUCAGACAGGCCCUGGACGCAAGUGAACUGAUGGAGAUCAAGCUCCAAAAUAGGAAAUACACAUGGAGCAAUGGGAGGAGAAACCCGACAUUAGUGAAGCUUGACAGAGUUUUUUGCAACCGUGAAUGGGAUGAAAUUCUUCCAAGCGCCGGUCUGCUAGCCCUUAGCAGUUCCCUCUCAGACCACUUCCCUCUUUUUCUUUGUAAUCAGCAGCAGCCGCACAGGAAAGUGAGCUUCAAGUUUGAAACCUUCUGGACACGAGUGCCUGACUUCCCCCAAGUGGUGCAGAAUGCAUGGAAUGAACCUGUUAGAGGAAAUAAUCCACUGAUGAUCCUUCACAACCGACUUCAGAACACAGCACGGGCACUUAAAAGGUGGAGCAAGUCGCUAUUCAGUGAAGCACGCCUACAAAUGCAAAUGGCAAAUGAAGUGAUCUUGCUAUUGGAUAUUGCCCAAGAAUCGAGGCCGCUAUCUGAGGCAGAGUCUGAUCUUCACAGACAGCUGAAACAACUACUAUUGGGCUGGGCAGCAAUAGAAUGA